GCGAUGGAGCCGUCGAGGGGAAUCAUUAUCAUCAUUAAAAAGUAAAGUGGGAAGUGGAAAUAAAAGUCAGCGGUGGACAUGUUUGAACUUUGACCGAUUCCACCUUCUGCUCUGCUCUGCCGUCUGGUCCAAGGCGGUGGUUUGACUCUGACAAUUGAGCUGAGCUGAGCUGAGCAGAAACGCAGACGAAGACGGCUGCCCUCCUUCCCCUUCUCACCCAACUCAUACUCCUCCUCCUUUGCAUUGCUUCCGACAUAGAAAGAUGACAUUUUUAAUGAUGGGAAUGGGAUUCCAUUAUUUUUAUCGUACUCCCAACAUCCCCUUGCCUUUCCCCUGUCAUUAUAGUUGAAUAUUAUUAGAUUUCUUGGCGGGUGAGGACAAUUGGGUGGACUUUCACCUCUCCUUCUCCUCCUCCUUCAUCGGUCUUCUCCUCCUCGUCCUCCUCGAGCUUCUGGUUUGGAAUUUGGGAAGCUUCUCAAUCCUUAAUUGGGGGCAUCACCCUCAUCUCGCGAAUUGCAGAUCCAGCUCUCCUCCUUCGGUUUCCGGUUGCUGCUGGGAUUGUAAGAAGAUAUAGCUGUUAAGAACUUCAAUAGGAUUGCUCGGCAGAUUCUGUGUUGGGAGUUUCCAUUGAUCAGGGCUGCUCGAGUUGAUCCCGUGACCCUGUCUUGUAUGGGAAGAUUGGUGGAAAGCUGAAUUUUAGUUGGGUUUUUGGACAAAAUGGGAGGGCUUUGUUCGAGGGCUGCAAUUAAGCAAAACCCAUACGCAGAUACAAAUGGGAGCUUAAACCCUUACAAGUCCGCCCCGGUUUAUCGCUCUAGCGUGCAGAGCAACACUAUAAUUCCUCCACAGGCACGGGAAGUUAUGGAGAAACAGUCCCGGGAGCCCAAACAAUCUCAGGAGCCAGCUCAGGCUGUUCGUCAAUCAAGCACGGCUCAGUAUUCAAGUAAUGACGAUGAUUUUUACGACGGGAUUCCUCGGUAUACGAUGCAGAAAUCUAGAUCAGUUAGGUCCACCCAGGCGGCAGUUGCAAAGGUUUCAGAGGUUAGCUCACGGUUAGGCAGAGGAGCUAUUGAAGUCUUUGAUGCUCUUGGGAGUAGUGUGACAAAUUUAAAUGCUAACAGUGGUUUCGCUUCUGGAGUGGCAACUAAAGGAAGUGAACUCGAGAUAUUAGCUUUUGAGGUGGCAAACACUGUAGUUAAGGGAUCCAGUCUCAUGCAAUCCCUUUCAAAGAGGAGUAUAAGACACUUGAAAGAAGUAGUGCUUCCUUCGGAAGGUGUUCAGCAGUUGAUAUCAAAAGAUAUGGAUGAACUGCUAAGGAUUGUUGAAGCUGACAAGAGGGAAGAGCUGAAGAUUUUCGCCAGUGAAGUAGUUCGUUUUGGGAAUCGCUGUAAAGAUCCUCAGUGGCACAACUUAGACCGCUAUUUUGAGAAAAUAAAAAGAGAAUUAACUCCGCAGAAGCAAUUGAAAGAAGAGGCUGAGACCGUGAUGCAGCAGUUGAUGACGAUGGUUCAGUAUACAGCAGACUUAUAUCAUGAAUUGCACACAUUGGACAGAUUUGAGCAAGAUUAUCAUCGAAAGCGUUUAGAGGAUGAGAUUUCGAGUUCUGCACAGAAAGGUGAUGGCCUGUCCAUUUUGAGAUCAGAACUUAAAAGCCAAAGAAAGCAAGUAAAGAGUUUGAAAAAGAAGUCGCUUUGGUCCAGAAGUUUGGAAGAGGUGAUGGAGAAGCUUGUAGAUAUUGUUCAUUACUUGCUUCUGGAAAUUCAUAGCACUUUCGGUGCUGCUGAUGCUGAUGUACCAGCAAAGCCAUCUGGACCGAGUAACCAGAGACUGGGACCUGCCGGCCUUUCCUUGCAUUAUGCAAAUAUAAUAAUCCAAAUUGAUACUCUUGUAGCUCGUUCCAGUAACAUACCAGUGAAUAUGAGGGAUACUCUGUACCAAAGCUUACCUCCUAGUAUAAAGUCUGCUUUGCGCCCGAAGAUACAUUCUUUCGUUGCCAAGGAAGAGCUUUCUGUUGUGGAAAUCAAGGCUGAGAUGGAGAAAACCUUGCAAUGGCUUGUGCCGAUUGCCAGUAACACGGCCAAAGCGCAUCAUGGUUUUGGAUGGGUCGGGGAAUGGGCAAAUACUGGUUCUGAGGGAAACAGAAAACCCACAGGACCAAUUGAUGUGAUUCGCAUUGAAACCCUUCACCAUGCUGAUAAGGCGAAGACUGAAAGCUAUAUUCUCGAGCAGCUUCUAUGGCUCCACCAUUUGGUAAGCCAAUCAGCUAAGAACGCUCCAAAUAAUGGAGGUCCUACAAAGUCCCCCAUGAAAUCCCCGAACUGCUCAACCCCUCAACAGGAGUCGGGAGAUAAGCCCAGCAAUGGAACCAAUGGUGAAAGUUCCCCCUCAAAAGCAUUGUUAACCCCAGAAGACAAGGAAAUGCUACUGGAAAUAGUUGAUAGGAAGAUCAGAUGCCGGGGUGUCAGCAAGAGCCAGGACUUUGACUCCAUGAAACUGAAGUUGAGAAAGCACGAUAGAUUGAGCAAGAGUUCCAGUUACUCUCCCGCGGGGGAGAGUAAGGCGAGUGAGGAACCACUCCCAUUUAAGAGGCUUUCCUCAGGGAUUCCAGCAAUCGAUUUCGGCAUCAAUAAAGAGAAGGCAUUGGAUGUGAUCGACAGAGUUGAGGUUGUCAGAUAAAAUAUACAUCCGGAUUGGGGUAGGCAAACAUAAGGUACGGAGAUGAGGGUCUUCUACAUGCAAAUGCACUUGAUUUAUUUGUGUCGGUGUACAUAGAUAGCAUUUUGAGAGAGAGUGAUUCCGUCUGCAUAAUGCACAGUGAUAGGGUAAAAGUAUUUAUUCAAUGCUACUCAUUUCACGUGGUAAUAUCUGGAGUACUCGAGAUUUGCUGCAUAUUUGUUGUGAUAUAUACAUGUAAGGGAAUGCAAGAUAAAUAUUGUUUUCUUGGAGUUUAAGAAAGUUUGCAUAUUUUAUAGACCGAUUA